AUGGCUGGAAAAGGAAGCUAUGUUCCGCCGCAGUAUGUUCCGUUAUAUGGUCUAGACACUGAGGAGGAUAGUGUUCCUGAGGUGGAGGAGAACAUUGCCACGCGCCAAGGAUUAAGCCGGGAUCCUACACAAUGGUCUUCAGGCAUUUGUGCUUGUUUUGAUGAUCCACAGAGCUGUUGUAUUGGUGCGACUUGCCCCUGCUUUCUCUUUGGAAAAAAUGCACAGUUCUUGGGAUCUGGAACUCUCGCUGGAUCAUGCACUACGCAUUGCAUGCUUUGGGGCCUUCUGACAAGUUUCUGCUGUCUGUGUACUGGGGGGCUUGUAUUAGCAGUUCCAGGGUCUGCUGUUGCUUGUUAUGCUUGUGGAUACCGCCAAGCACUAAGAACAAAGUACAACCUUCCGGAAGCACCAUGCGGCGAUUUGACGACACACUUAUUCUGCCAUCUGUGUGCGAUAUGCCAAGAGUACAGGGAGAUCCGCGAGAGAACAGACAGUGGCACCUCUUCAGCUCCUGAUGUUACCCCACCUCCGGUGCAGACAAUGGAUGAACUUUGA